UUCAACUGUUGUUGUGGCCUACGCUGCUGAUCCAUCCCUUUUUCUUUUGUUCCCUUUUCCCCUUCUCCGUUCGGUUGUACAUCCUUGAGGAUUUGUCUCACUGUCCUCGCUUUCUCUUUUAAUUUGACGCACCCAACAAAUUAAAAGCAACAAGAGUCAGAAGACCCACUUCAGAUUUCCUCCUCCCCUCCCUUUUAUGUCGUAAAUACAUCUCUUCUUACAGAUUUGCCGUUCGGUUGUUUUUGUAGGUCUGAACUCUCUCUACUACUUCUUCCAUUCUAAGAAUAAGGAAAGAACAACAGCAAUGGACAAUGUUGCUGAUGAAGUUCCUUCCUUCUUCAUCUGCCCCAUCUCGCUGCAGAUCAUGAAAGAUCCAGUCACCAUCUCCACAGGUAUGACCUACGAUCGAGAAAGCAUCGGAAAAUGGUUCUUCUAUUACAACAACAACACAUGUCCCAUUACAAAGCAGCCCCUCACCGAUCAAAGCCUCACCCCAAACUCCACCCUCCUUCGCUUGAUCGAAUCAUGGCGUGUCAACAAUCCACCAAUAUUGUUCUCCGCCACAAGGACUGAGUCUCUGAAGCAUACAUCCGAUAUUAAUACGACCCUUGUUGGCCAACUUAUCGAGGAGGUAAGAAAACCUGAGUUGCAGAUAAAAUCUCUGAGAAAGAUUAAAUCACUAAUCCAAGAGAGCGAUGGCAACAGGGCGUCCAUGGAAGUUGCUGGUUUCGUUCCAGUAGUAGCAUCUCUCAUCACUCAAACCGACGACCCACCACCGGAAGGGGUUUCACAAUCCAGCUGUGACAAAUCGGUAGUCGUUGAGGAGGCAAUAAGUGUUUUCUACCUUCUUAAGCCAGCUGCCGACAAGUUGAAGAAGAUAUCUGAGGACAGAAACGGCCUACUGAUAGGAUCACUUUCGCAGAUUAUACAACAUGGGAGUUACCAGGCUAGAAUCCAAGCUGCUCUUGUCCUUAAAUAUGUGUUCAGAGCGGUAGAUGAUAUAUAUAAAACAGAACUGAAGAUGGAACUCUUCGAAGGCAUCGCAGAAAUACUGAAGGACCAGAACUCGAAUCGGGCAUCUAUGGCAGCGCUGUCGAUCUUAAUGGAAGUGGUGCCAUUUGCGAGGAACAAGAUCAAAGCCGUGGAGGCUGGAAUAGUAUCAGUGCUUGUGGAAUUGCUGGCAGAGAGCAACGAGAGGCGAUGCUGCGAGAUCAUGUUGGGGGUAAUAGAACAGCUAUGUGGGAGAGCGGAGGGACGGUCAGCUUUCUUGGCCCAUCCGGCAAGCGUAGCGGCGGUGGCGACGAAGAUCUUAAGGAUAUCCCAGAUAGCUAAUGAUAAGGCUGUGACGGUGUUAUUGUCGCUGUGCAAGUUUUGUAACAACAGCGGGGUUGCCAAGGAGCUUAUGGAGGUGGGUGCUAUUGCUAAGCUAUGCCUGUUGGUGCAGGCUGAGUGCAGUGUUAAGACAAAACACAAGGCCAAAGAGAUUUUAGGGCUUCAAUAUCUCAAGACAUGGAGCAAAUCUCCUUGCUUCCCUUCAUACUUGGUGUAGUAGUUCUUCAUAUAUCCUUGAAAAAGCUGCUGUUACAUCUCUCUGGUUUAAUUCUAGUUUUUUUCUUAAUUAUAUAUUCUGUGUAUUCAUUUUAUUUUGUUCUAUAUUCAAACCUCUCGAGUUUGGGUGGAUGGAAGUUACAACUUACAAGCGUGGGUUGCUGCAACAGGAAGUUGAUGAUGUGAGAAGAACUGUGAGAUGUAUGCAAGUAUACGUGUUUGUGUGUUGGUGGCAGAAUUAAACAAUGAGUUGGGUCCGGUUGGGUUGAAAAAAAAAGUGUCAAUAAAAUAGUCAUGAAAGGGUAAAUUUAUUAA